AUGCCCACCUCCACUCCAUCACCCAUUACAAUGGCCCACUAUAUCCACCUCCUAACCACCCAACUCACCAAGUACACCUCCCAGGGUGGUCAUCUCCACAUCACGCAACGUGAAGCAACACGAAAGAUCAUUGCCGAUGCAGACGCCUACAUGGCUUCCAUCGGGCUGAGACAGCAUGCUACAUAUGAAGUGGUAGUAGAACAGAUUGCGAUAAUCUUUCGGGGCUAUGCGGAUGACUUUGGUGUGAAUUUCGAGCUGCUGGAAGGUAAUCUUGGUGUGCUGGAGGCUUAA